ACGCGACACGCGACGUCGGUCAGUUGCGUAGAGAGGAGUGACGCGCGCGUCGGUUUGUCACGCGAGUGCGAACGUUCUCGCCGGUCAAAGUUAUAUCGCUUGUUAUUAUCGAGCGAAAUUCGUUUCGUCAAGAUGUGAUCGGAUGAUACGCUCGGCGAUUUCUCGCUCGUUUGGGACGCUCGCUCUCGAGAGGAAUCUAUCCGUCUCGCUCUCUCUGUCCUGCUCCCCCGGAGGUAAAGGCAAGAAGCACCGGUAGCGAAUUUCGCGCUUCACGGAAGAUUCGCGUCGACGGCGAACAUGAUAUUUUCGUGAGGAGUCGAUGCUUCAGAUGGAGAACCAAGGUUACGAGGGGGAAUCGCGCGCAGAAGAGCAAUCCACAUUCGAGUCUCAUUAUUGCGAUCGGCAGCCUCAUGAUACGAUCGAUCGAAGUGAUCCUCUCGUUGCAAGGACAUUGCAUGCCGAGAAUCACAUGUACGAGGACAUCUCCACCGAUACGGUGGCCGCUUCCAAAUUUUCCGAGCGGAUAUCGUUUGUGGACGAGAUUCGCGAGACCGAGAAUCGCCAAUCGGCCGAUCACGCCAGGCAAGCCUGGGUCAAUGAAUCACCGUCGAUAGCGGCUACCGCGAUUCUCGACAGAUCCGUUCAACAGAAUUUGACUUUAGCCUCCUCGGCUGAGAUCAGUGCCAAUCACGACAGCGGGACCUCCUCGUCGCGAGCGGUGUCCGGAACGAACGAAAAUGACCUCAAGGGAGCCUCCAGGAAUCCUCGCGAGCUUCCACGAUCCCUUCCUGAUGAAAACAUCCUCGAAAGCGUGUCCUCGUCACCACGGGAGAAGGAUUCAUCGCGAGAUGUGCCAGUGCAGCCUGAUCGGCGAACGAACCGCAGACGCAGGAAGAAGGAUUGCAAACAUUGCAGAAGCAAAUUGGCUGUCGCGAGCUCCUGCGAGAAGCUGAACGAGUUGGCCGGUAGCGAGGACACGAUCUUAAGAGAGAACGAGAUUAAUCAUCGAAACAAGGAUCCGGAUUUUACGUCUAGCCUUCUGUUUCGGGAUUCACGGGUUUCCGAUUCACUGCUGAGAUCGCAAAACAUGAAGAUCUACCCGAUCGUGAAAAGAACGAGUCUCGAGGAUAUCGGCACCAAGAGUCCCCCGAUUGCAUUUCUUGAUAGUGAAUUGCACUCCGCGUCUAGGUUCUUGGUGAACGACAGGAUGUUGGGCCAGGUGACGGAGAAUAAUCAGAAUAAGAUACUGGGAGAAUCAAAGAAUUGGACUGAUAUGAGAAUUAAUUCCAUCUACUCGCAGGAACGCUGGUACGGCAAGGAGUCACCGAUAUUCUACACCGAUGUCAAAGAUCAGAAUCCUUUUCAGAGGGCCUAUUCCCUGCCAGCGCGGACGCACACACCAACCUCGCAGAAUCGCGUUAAUCUACGUCGAAGCGUCAGAAACGAUCCGCCACCGCAUCCGGCGCGUCUCGACAAACAUCGCCGUGGCUGGACGCUACACCUGGCUCGUCCCCUGAAGGCAUCCGGAUGCUCCAGCGCACUCGUACCCCUGCUGAUCGUCCUGCUGAUCUUGCUAGGAGUCGCAGGGGUCGCAAUGUACAUCGUUUUCGAGCCAGAAAAACUCCAGAUCAUUCAGCAGUACCUGAAAUCGUCGACGGGCAAGUUGACGGAGCAGAACGUUACAUCCGGCGAACCGAUCACAUCCGUGAUUCCGAACGACGGGCCUGAUCUGAUCUCAACGACCAGGACGACGAUGACGAUGAGUGUCGACGCGUUUACCAUGGCCGCCUUUUUAAACGGCGACGCGUCGUCAUUUCCGGAGAGCGUUUCACCGUCGACGGGAGUGGAAACGGAAGCCGCGAGUCGGAACGCUAAUGCGACGAGAUAUUGCGACGAUUGCCUUGAAGGUGAGGAGGUAUGCGUCGCCCUUGUCGACGAGGAGGUGCCAAUAUGUAGAAGCCCCUACGAUCGGGAAGAUCCCACCGGAUGCGCCGGUUUUUGUAUCAUCAAUAAGCAGAAGUGCCAUCGUCUCGAUAUAGACGCCUUCAGAUGUGUGGAGAUUGAGCACUAUUGCCUGGACGAUGAAUGGACUUGUUCCAACACAUUGUGCAUCCCAUUGAACAAGCGCUGCGACGGGCACAUGAACUGUUACGAUCAUUCGGACGAGUAUGAUUGUGUCUGCAAUCUGGAGACGCAUUUUCAGUGCGGUAACGAGACCUCCUGCCUUCCGUUGGAAAGGAGAUGCGACGGAAAGAUAGAUUGUUGGGACGCAACCGACGAGAUUAAUUGCACGUUAGGUCGUAAUAUCGGUCGGUCUUGCCCCUUGGACAACGAAUUUACUUGCAGUAAUGGGGAAUGCAUAUUAAAAGCUCGUUUUUGCGACGGACUAUCGGACUGUAGCGAUGGAUCGGACGAGCCUCACGGGUGCCAAGGACGAUGCAAUAAACACGAAUUUACAUGCCAAAACGGCAGAUGUAUUACAAAGGGAAUGAAAUGUAACGGGGUUGACGAUUGCGGAGAUGGCACGGAUGAGAGACACUGUAAGGAUCGGUUCACUUAGUAUUCGCACGUGAAGGAACAAGAUAUUGCCAAUCAGAAAAAAUCAAAUACAGUAUUUUAUACAGAGAUAAAUAUAUGUAAUGUGUAUAUAGUGUGUUAUAUAGAUAAAAAUAUAACUAUAUAUAUAUUGAAA